AUGGUAGGGUUUAGAUUGCUUCCUAGAAUCCCAACAUCUUUUCCAUUCAACACCUCCAUCAUGUACAAAAAGACUGUGUUUGUAGAAUACAUGGACCACCUCUUCAACAUCGCUAAGCCCAGGCCACCCUGGAUGGGUCUGCUGGGUCCUACCAUUUGGACAGAGGUUCAUGACACUGUGGUCAUUACACUUAAAAACAUGGCUUCUCAUCCUGUUAGUCUUCAUGCUGUUGGUGUUUCCUACUGGAAAGCUUCUGAGGGAGCUGAAUAUGAAGAUCAAACAAGCCAAAGGGAGAAGGAAGAUAAUAAAGUUUUUCCUGGUGAAAGUCAUACCUAUGUUUGGCAUGUCCUGAAAGAGAAUGGUCCAAUGACCUCUGACCCUCCAUGUCUCACCUAUUCAUAUCUAUCUCAUGUGGAUCUGGUGAAAGAUUUAAAUUCAGGCCUCAUUGGAGCUUUGAUAGUAUGUAAAGAAGGAAGUCUGUCCAAAGAAAGAACACAGAUGUUGCACCAAUUUGUACUACUUUUUGCUGUGUUUGAUGAAGGUCUAAUUGGAUGUCAUAGGAAAUCAGUCUACUGGCAUGUGAUUGGAAUGGGCACAACCCCUGAAGUACACUCAAUAUUUCUUGAAGGACACACAUUUCUUGUGAGAAACCACCGUCAGGCUUCCUUGGAAAUAUCACCAAUAACUUUCCUUACUGCUCAGACACUCUUGAUAGAUCUUGGACAGUUCCUGAUAUUUUGUCAUAUCUCUUCCCAUAAACAUGAUGGCAUGGAAGCUUAUGUCAAAGUAGAUAGCUGUCCCGAGGAACCCCAAUUGCAAAAGAAAAAAAAUGAGGAAAUGGAAGAUUAUGAUGAUGAUGAUCUUGAUUCAGAAAUGGACAUGUUCGUGUUGGACGAUGACAACUCUCCUUUUAUCCAAAUUCGCUCGGUUGCCAAGAAGUACCCUAAAACUUGGAUACAUUAUAUUUCUGCUGAGGAGGAAGACUGGGACUAUGCUCCUUCAGUUCUCACAUCAGAUGAUGGAAGUUAUGAAAGCCUGUAUCUGAGAAAUGGUCCUCACCGGAUUGGUAAGAAAUACAAAAAAGUCAGAUUUAUAGCAUACACAGAUGAAACCUUUAAGACCCGUGAAACUACCCAGAAUGAAUCAGGAAUCUUGGGACCUUUACUUUAUGGGGAAGUUGGAGACACAUUGUUGAUUAUAUUUAAGAACCAAGCAAGCCGACCAUAUAAUAUUUACCCUCAUGGAAUCACUGAUGUCAGCCCACUACACUCAAGGAGAUUCCCAAGAGGUAUAAAGCAUGUGAAGGAUUUGCCAAUUCGUCCAGGAGAAAUAUUCAAGUAUAAAUGGACAGUGACUGUAGAAGAUGGACCAACUAAAUCAGAUCCACGGUGCUUGACCCGCUAUUAUUCAAGUUUCAUUAACCCUGAGAGAGAUCUAGCUUCAGGACUCAUUGGCCCUCUUCUCAUAUGCUACAAAGAAUCUGUAGAUCAAAGAGGAAACCAGAUGAUGUCAGACAAGAGAAAUGUCAUCCUGUUUUCUCUAUUUGAUGAGAAUCAAAGCUGGUACAUCACAGAGAACAUGCAACGCUUCCUCCCCAAUGCACCUGAUACACAGCCCCAGGACCCUGAGUUCCAUACUUCCAACAUCAUGCACA